UUUACAUAAUUAAAUUGCAAAUAAAAAUUUUAAAGAGAAACGAAAACAAAACCAAACAGAACACAACCAGGGUGACCGUUUUCAGUAUAUUAUAUACUUUUCGGUAUAUUUUGAAGCCCAAAGCUGAGUUCUCUCGGAAGUAAACUGGAUUAAAACCAACAUAAAAAAUUGGUUAAAGAAUGAAAAUAUCUAUCGGAAUAUUUGACCGAUAAUACAACGACUAAUUGCGUUUAUGCCGUUCGAGUGGAUCGUGUUUUUUGGUUUAUUUCAAGCUAUGAACUACAUUACUGUUGCCUUAUUUUCUUUAUUAUAGUGUUUCAGCAUUAAAAAUAUAAUAUCAAUCAAUCAUUGCUAUUCGAAGUACUUAUAGUCUCUGGUUAAAAAUAAUUCGGCACAUAAGUUUAUCACGCAUUGUUGCCGCAUAAACCAUCCUAUCCAACCUGGUUGUGAGACAAACAGUAAAUAAAUUCUACAACAAAUGGUGGCGCCUGCGAACACAUUGCAAAAUAGCACAAACUCCGACGAAGAUGAGUCCGUGCGAGCGGCGCCCACUUCCAUGCUAUUGCUGGAUGCUAAACGCAAGAGUGCGUUUCUGCCCUAUCGUCCCCAGUCGACCGUCUUGACCAAUCUUCAGCGAGGAAACACUGAAGCCACAUUUUGUCCCGUGGAAGUGUUGCUUUCCUUUCACGAGCGCGCGGGUCAGGGUGAGAUUACCGAGGAGCAAGUGACUGCGGAGCUAGGAAGGCAGAAAGACAUUGACUACAAGGAUGCUCAUGGGUUCACUGCGCUCCAUUGGGCCGCAUCGUAUGGCCAACUGGUCUCAGUGCAAUUGCUUGUGUCAGUUGGGGCAAAUGUAAACAGCCUGGCCCCAGACUUGGUAACUCCUCUGCUAUUGGCAGCCUCCGGAGGACACAAUGAGAUCGUGCGGUACCUCUUGGAGCGCGGCGCCCAUUCUUCACACAUGGACAUUGUGGGAAAUACGGCUCUAAUGUACGCAGCUGCCGGCAAUCAUCCGCAUACUUGCAAUGAACUUUUGGCCAAAGACUUGGACUUAAGUGCAACCAAUGAGAACGGGGAGACAGCCUAUUCCCUGGCGGUGGAGCAUGGAUCACAUCUGGCUCAGGCUUUGCUAGAGCAGUACAUGACCGCCAUAAUCACAGCGGGUGCAUUUGGCAGUAUUUAACUGUAGGUAAACUAAGAAAAUUUAAUUAGGAAAAUUCUUCAUAUACGAGUAUGUAUGUACAAAGAUAUGUACAUGUUGCAUCCCCGAUUCUUGGGUGAUAUUGGAACAUAAACGAGCAUAUGUAACUUUAUUAAAACUCAAACAUCUUA